UAUAAAAAGUAACUAAAAUGCGCAAAGAAUCAAUGAAAUGUGAUUGGACGGCAAAAAAGCAAAAUCAACUGCAACAACUGCAACUGAAAACUUGUAGGCGAAGCAAAAAGCGUUACAAAAACAAAACCGUUUGUAACGCUCCGCUGCCGACGACAUAUAAUCAUAGCAAUUAUUAUAAUUUCAUUAAAACCAAUAAAUUAUUAAUUGCAAUAUUACUACUGAUAACAAUGACAGCUACAACGACAAUUUGUCAAGCCGCAGCUGCACCGCACGGUUUCGCAGCGGCGAGCCCGACCCGAAUACUACCAAUCGCUGCCGUCUUAUUGAAAACAACAGCAACAACAGCAGCUACAACGUCAGCAUCGUUAUUAUCGACGACUGUAUUGGCAGCGUUAACUCCCACACAACAAAAACAGCAGCAGCUGCAACAACAACAAGAGCUGUUCGCUUUACUAACCAAAAAUAGACAGACAUCGCUAAAUGGUAUGGUAAAUAGUGGAUUUGCUGUUGCUGGCGAUGGUGAUGGUGAUGUUGAUGCUGCUGCUGCUGCUGGCAUUGCUGACGCAGCAUCAAGUUUGACAACGUCAACAUCCGGCACGCGUGACAAAUUCGAAAUUGAACAUAGCAAAAUUGUUUCUGCCUUCAAAAACGCUAAAGACAAUAUAAAAAAUUAUAAAAAGAACGCUGCCAACAGUUAUAAUAAUAAUGAGCAUCAUAAUGUUAAAAAGAAUGCUGAUGAUGAUGAUGAUGUUGUUAUUGCGCCAGCAGCAGAUACAUUUCUGGAGACAACAGGUUUUUUUGCUGACGAUGGACAAAAAUAUGAAAAAGCUGACAAGGCGGGAAUUGGAUCGAUUAAUAUAAACGACCAUAUUCAGCAUACGAAUGCCAACAACUGCCCCAAGGAGUGCAAGUGUCUCAAUGACUUCUUCGAUUGUGGAAAAAAGCAUUUGGAUCAUGUGCCCGAAUUGCCAAAUUAUGUUGUUGUACUGGAUAUGGUUGGAAAUAAACUGAACGACACAACUGUACUGCAAAUAAAAAAUUUAACAUCACUGAACAAACUUUCCUUAAAACGUAAUCAACUGGAGAAUAUACCAAAAUUUGUAGGCCUUUCGAUGCUAAAGCAAUUGAAUCUUGCCAAUAACCACAUACAACAUAUAUCACAUGAGUCCCUAGCGUUAUUACCAAAGUUGAGAGUUUUGGACAUGACAAAAAACUACUUACAUAAAAUUGAGAUCAAUUAUUUUCCAGCCACAAAUACAUUAGCUCAUCUAAUUUUGAAUUCGAAUGAAAUUUCCACAAUUGAUGAAAAUGCAUUUGAAAAUCUAUCUAAUAUUUUGGACUUAGAAUUGAACAAUAAUCGCUUGACUAUGCUGCCGGGCGGGGUGUUUAAAAAUCUAUCCAAAAUGAGGAAAUUAUCAUUAAACUACAACCAUUUGGAAAUUAAUUGGUCAACAUUUAAAGGUUUAACGUCGUUACAAAAACUCUUUUUACAAUCGAAUAAUAUUCGCGCUCUUCAAGAUGGCAUCUUUCAUGUUAUGCGUUCGAUAGAAACUAUUGAAUUGGAUCAUAAUGAUAUCACUUCACUGAAUCGUCAGGGUUUAUUUAAUUUGACUAAAUUACAACAUUUGAGCUUAUCAAAUAAUUCAAUUUCCCGCAUUGAACUUGAUACUUUUGAAUUCACUGAAUCACUUAAGUCCUUAGACUUAUCACACAACAAUAUAAGCGAAUUUAAACCACAACAUUUAGAUUGUCUCCAACACUUAAAGCAUUUAAAUUUGGGUCACAAUAAGAUUCAAUAUCUAGCGGAUAAUACUUUCGAAUGUGUAAAGAAUUUGGAAGAUUUGAAUUUACGACGUAAUAAAUUGGCGUGGAUUAUUGAAGAUCAAGGAGCUAUACCACCUUUUAAAGCACUAGGAAAACUUAAAAAAUUAGAUUUAUAUGGCAAUAAUCUAAAGCAGAUUAAUACCAAGUCUUUGAAUGGCUUAAACAGCUUAGAGUUGUUGAAUUUGGGUGGAAAUGCAUUAGCAUCUAUACAAACCGGUGCUUUCGAUCAAAUGGCACAUUUGCAAAAAGUCAUAUUUAAAUCAUUAAAUUUUAUAUGCGAUUGCGAAUUGUUAUGGUUUAGACGUUGGCUACAAAGAAAUGCACAAACCAAUACUCAAAUUCAUGCGAAUGCUGUCUGUGGUUAUCCGGAACAUCUGUUAGAUCGAGAAGUUUUAUCAUUAACGCAGACUGAAUUAAUUUGUGCUGAUACUCCGAAACCAAUUAUUAUAGAAGAACCAAAUAAUCAAUUAGCUGUUAAGGGUGCCAACAUAACAAUGGAAUGUAUAGCUAAGUCACCAACUGCAGCAUCUUUAGCAGCAGCAGAUGAAUUAAAAAUAAAAUGGCGGCAUGAUAAUCACAACAUAAAAGAUCGCAACGAACGAAUUGUUGUAAAUGGAAAUCACAAUGGAUUUAGUACAACUGAUACACAAAUUCUACAUGAACAAUCGAAUCACACGAUAAUUAAAGGUUAUUUACGCUUAUAUAAUGUUAGUUAUGAAAGCGCUGGUAAAUAUCAGUGUGUGGUUUCUAAUGCUUUUGGUACAACCUAUUCACAAAAAUUUAAACUUUCCAUUGGGAUUCAUCCAACUUUCUUACAAAUACCUUCUAACUUAACGAUUGAUUCUGGCAAUACAGCACGUCUGGUGUGCUCUGCUGCUGGAGAUCCAAUGCCCGAAAUAGCUUUACAAAAGUUUGGUGCUAGUGGUUUUCCAGCUGCAACUGAACGAAGACUAAAAGUCGUACGCGAAGAGAAUGCUUUUAUUAUAACAAAUGCAAAACCGAUAGAUACUGGCAUAUAUACCUGUACAGCUGAUAGUCCUGCGGGCGAAAUAAAAAUAAAUGCUUCCCUAGUUGUUAAUGAUAAACCGCAACCAACGAUACCAGUAAUGACUAAAGAAGUUGUUUUGGGUGAGUCGAGUAUACUGGAGUGCCUUGAUGAUGUAGUGGCAGACUUAAAUCAGCCACAUCGUGAAUGGUAUAAAGAUAACAAACCUUUUCAUACAUCACCAACAUCUGAUUCUGAACGUUACUACUAUGAAACUGAAAAGAGGCUUCUUAUCAUAAUGAAUACCCAAUCCAUAGACGCUGGGAACUAUCGCUGUGAAAUUACGGAUCAAUUAAAAUCAUUUGUUGUUCAAACUGAAUUAAUUGUUGUGCAGGACAAAAUGAAAAUAUAUUAUGUGUUAUUGGGUGUUGCAUUGCUCUGUUGUCUUAUCCUUAUUUGCGUCUUAAUAUGCUACUUAAAGUGUAAACAAAAACGUAAAUUAUCGAAUAUAAAUAUUGACCGGACUGGUGUUGGUGAUGGAGUAAACAGUGGACUUAUUAAUAUUGGUGGUGCACGUAUAGCAGCAACAAAUGAUUCAACAAUUCAACAACAUUUAUUGAAUCACAGCCAAGGCAGUACGUUAGACCAAACACAGUUGACAACAUUAAAUCGUACCUAUCUGCAAGAUCAACUAUUGCACACACAUCCACGGCAGCAGCAACAUACUCAUCAAAUGCGUCCACGCAGUUUAGCUGAUUUAGAUUUAAGUUUGAAUACAAAUAAUGGUGCAACAAAACAACGAAAUUAUCUUUUAGGCAACGAUUCACUCAACUAUCAACAAUUACUGCAACACGAUGUAGAUGCUAUUGGUAAUAAACGCAUGGAGGAUGUGCGUGAGAGUUUUACACUAGAAUAUUUACGGCAAAACUCCACUCAGGAGACAGAAAUUAAUCAGGAUUAUUUAUCGAGCAAGGACUCCGGCACUGGUUCAGAUGCAGCUGUAAAACGAAGUAUAGAAGAUUUUUCUUUAUUGCCGCAAGAAGAGCAGCUACAUAUAUUGUCAACACCAACAGCUAUUGCUAAUCAUAAUCGACGAAAUGGUAGGACUAUAUUAGGAAAUACAAAUAGUUACACUGAAAACGGUGAUAAAAUUAGCCGGAAUAAACAUAAUACAGAAGAAGAUGAAGAAGAUUUUGUAGCAUUACGCCCACUUGGUGUAUCAGAUGUAUAUGAGGUUGAUGAAAUUGAACGAAGUGAACAAGAACGUCUAUUUUUUAACAAUAAUCGUGCUCUUCAAAUGGUAUCAGGUAUGAAUCGUGAUAUCUGCGGCAAUGCUCUAAACUAUGAAGGCGACACUAUUAAUACUGAACUCAGUAGAAAAAAUGAUAGUCAUCCGCAGCAGUUACCACAUUUAAAUAAUAGUAAAUGUAAAACAAAUUUAAGUACAAAUUUCAAUAGUAACGCCACAGAAAAGGCGGUUGAUAUUUAACAAACUAAUUAUUAACAUUCGAAACCAAAUAAGACUGUAAAUAUUGAAAAACGCCUUCUUUCAAAAGAAAAAAAAAUCAUGUAAUAUAUAAUUUAAUGUAGCUAUAAUUUAAUUAAAAAAAAAACUGCAGCUAAGCAACAAUACCAGUGAAUACUAUGUGCAUACCACAGAUAUGUAAUUUGCUUUAUAUACAGUAUAAUAAUUUCAAAUGAAAGCAUUCAGUUUUGAAAUGUAGCACAGUUUAAAGUGGAAUAUGGCACGGUGUUUUUACUCUUGAAUCUUAACCACUUUUUAAAUUAAUGUACACCAUGUGAGGAAAUGCUCUUUUACAAGCGCUUACUUACUUACUUACAAGCGCUAUCAAAUACAAGCGCUAUCAAAUAUUAUUUAAUGACACUGGUGUGACGUUUGUAAGAGAACAUUUGAAAGUACACUACAGACGAUCAAUCUACAUGAUUAAGUUUUUUGAAUAUUUAGUGAAUAUAUACUGAAUAUAUAGUGAAUAUAAAAUGAAUAUAAUCGAAUGCAGGUAGACAGACUGUGUAUAUUUGACUUUUAAUUUUUUUUCAUGCAAUUCGAUAAGUCAAAAAAUAUCUGUGCAUUUAUUCAUAUGAAUGCGAGUCAGAUACAGUGUUGUGCUUAAUUCAAGAAACACUCGAUUUAUUCAUACGUACGUAAGCGUACGGUGCACUGCUGUCUUACAUGACAUAUUAGUGAUCAAACAUUUAGAUUGUCUGUAGUUUUCUUUAUGUUAACCUGCAAUUUAAGAGUGAGGACUCCGUAACCCAAACUGUCACCUUGUUUCAACCUUUAUACUAAUCAUUAAAUAUUUUACUGUUGUAUAUAAAUAAUGUAAAUUUAUGCACUUAGUUAUUACUAUACCCUUCACAUAUAUAGUGUACAAUUUAUAAUCAGGUACCAUAUAACUAACAUACAUUCUUUAUCAGUUUGUCAAGAUUAAUUAACUUAACUACAUCUGUCGGUAGGCAUUCUGAGGUUAAUGUAGGCAGCUCUAGACGACAAAUGAAUGAAAUUUUUGGACGUCAUUAUGUGUCUAUAAAAUAUCUCUAGAAGAUAACAUAUAUGUUCAAAUGAGUAUAUUAAUUUGAUAACAUAAGUGAAAAGUUGAUAAUAAAUAUUUCAACUUUGAUUUAAAAUAAAACUAAGAUGUGAAGGGUAUUGAAGCUUCGGCAAAGCCAAAGUUAACUUUGUUUCUUGUUUUGUUUUCUUUUUAUGUACAAAAACAAUAUGUACAUAAAAGUA